AAAAAAAUAGUUAAAACAGUACUCUAGCAUUCACCCUCUUCCAAUCCAAAUCCAGACAUUAAGACAUUCGAUUUGGCCAUCAGUUUCUGCAUCAAAAACCUCACAUAGCAACAGACAAACCCACAUUUUUAAGGUAAAAAAAAGUUCUGUCUCAUUCUCAAUCCAACUUUCAAAUGCUAAUUAAUUGAUAGAUUUAAUGUAUAACACUUACAUUAGUUCAGCUGUAUUCACACUUACUACAAAAGGGUCGCUUUUAUUAAGUGAAACAUUCGAAAAGAACCCAUCUUUAUCUCACUGUUGUAGUAGAUCAUGUUGUAGUUCUUGUUCUUGCUGUUGUGCAUCAUCAUUUUCAACAUAUAGAUUGCCUAGUGUAACCCCUAGUUUGUGUUAUGGAUUGAGGCAGUCUACUCUAAUUCAAUUAUCACCUUGUAAGAGGUUGAUUUUUGGCGGUAGGGACCGGUAUUAUUACCGGGUUCCGAGUUGUGAUGAUAUUGAUCAUGGUUGUUUUGAGGUUUCGUGCUCUUUUGAGGAGACAGGUAGUGGGGAGAGAGUUGGGAGGGGGAGGAGGAAGGGGGGAUUGGGAGGGUUGAAUUUGCGGGGAAGGCGUCGGUGUUUGAGUAGUAGAGAUGAUGUUGAUGAUGUUUUAAGUUUGUUGAGUGAGGAGUGUUUAGGUGAUGGAGAUGAAAGUGGGAGUUUUUCGUCGAGAGUUGAGGUGGGUAGGAGAAGUGGUUAUAGGGAUGAGUGUCGAAAGGGGGGAAAGAAGAAUGCUGGAUUGCGUUUAUUGGAGAGUGAAUCCAAGAGUCAAUAUGAGUUAGUUAAUAGAAGGAAUGAAGAAAGCAAAGAGCGUCGAAGGAAGGAAGAGAGGAAAGAGUACAGAAAGGAAGAUGAGAGGAAUGAGAAGGACGAGAAGGAAGAAAAUAAAAGUGUUUUCAGAGGUGAGAAUCAGAUAGGAAGGAAAGCAAGUUCUAGUUUUUCAUCGUAUUACUCAUUGUCUUCAUCAGGAGAUUUUGAAAGUGACCGAGAAGCUCAAGAUGAGCAUAUUGGGUUAAUGGAAGAGUCAUCAAGUGGAUAUAAGAAAGAGUCACAGAGUGAAGAGAAUAGAUUUAGGAGGGCAGCGGUGGAGGAGAAUUCCGAGCAGAGAGCUAGUGCUGUAAGAAUUGGUGCGGAAUGGGAUUUGAGAAAGAAAACUGAGAAGAAACUUACUGAGAUUGAAGAAACACAGUCGAUUAAAGAUUCCUCACAAUUGAGCUCAAGAACAGCAAGGACCAGUGAGAAAGAGUAUGGGAAGGGUUCAUAUAAACGUCUUGAUGACCAGAAUGAGAAAUCAACUUUGGAAGUCAAUUUUGAUAAAGAAACAAGAAAGAAAUAUAAUCAGAGAGCAGACCGCAUUUCAGAUCAGUCUCAUACCAGAACAGAUUACCAGGAGAUUACUGAUACACAGGAAAUUCAAAGAAAAAAUGGAAAAACUGCUUCCCAGUCCCAAAGGCAGUUUGGUGCCGGAGAAGAAAACCUGAUUGUAAAUGCAAAUUUGCUUGCGGAAAGAAGAAGUCGAUAUCAUCAAACUGCCAGUGAAAGCAUUGGAGAAGAAAAUCUUAGGAGAGAAGCCCAGCAAUCCUCCGAAAUGUCAAAAGCUAGAUAUGAUGAUAGUGGGAGAGUUUCUCAUUUGAAGAGUCAAUCUGAGUCUAUAAUGUCCAAUGCAGAUCAAGAAGCUAUUCAGAGAAUUCAAUCCAGAAAAGGGUCCCAAGGUAUUGCCAACGUAUCGGUGAAUGUCACCAAUGUAUCAAUGGUUAAUGCUAGUGAUAAAGAAAGAAGUUAUGAUUCUAAAGUAACUUCAGAGAAGAGAAUAACUGAUCAAGAAAGUAAGUCAGCACAAGCUGCAAAAUCCACUCCAAAAAUAAGAGAAAGAGAUAAUCAAACUAAUGAAAGAAUCACUGACAUUAAAUCAAGAAAUGAGUCUCACAGGACUACUGAAGUAUUGAAUUUUCAGGAAACAACUUCUCAAGAGGCUUCCAAUUAUCAGGCAUCCUUGCAUAUGGUUUCGCAAGCAAGAGUACGACAGGUUGAGGAAGGCGAUUAUAGAGGCUCACAGGCAAUGACAGCGGCACCAUCACGCCAAGUGCUAGAUCGAGAUGCAUUGCAUGUUAAUUUAACUAGUGGCCUGGCAACCCAAGAAGUGCUUGGACAAACUUCUGAAAGCAGCUCUAGUGCUUUGUAUACAAAUUCAGGAGGGAAAACUCCAACUUCACUGGAGGAACCAUAUCGCAGAGAUGGGAAGGCUCGUAUUUAUGGCGAGCCUUUGAAAUCUCUGGCCCCUGAAGAUGCUAUUGGCUCAGCUUAUCGUCUUGAGGAGUCAUCCAUGCAGUAUGUGGGAGAAUUCCUGGAGACGGCUAAGCAUGAAGUGUCAUCUUCUGAAGUCCAAAGGAUAAAGAAAUCUGACCAAAAAUUGGUGGAAGGGAAUGAGGACAAGAAAAAAAAUUCAGGUCACUAUGGUUCAGAAGACUUGCAGCUGAAGGAACAGAACUUAAGGCGAUUGUCUGGGGGUUCUGGAGAGAAGGGUCCUUCUGAUGUAAUGUGGGAUGUGACAGACUCAUCCAUUCAGGUACUUGCAGGGACAAAAGCACCAGAGGGCAGCACAACAGUUAGUAAUACUGUUACUAAGAGGACCGGGAGGUCCUUGUGGAGUAUUAUAGGUGAUGUUGUUCGACUGCGCUGGGGUUCACAUGCUGAAACUCCCAAGUCAGCAAGAAAAUCUGGUGGAAAGGGUUCAUCAAAUGAUUCUGGUAGUGAGGCGUGGUUUUCUGGCCGUGACCCUGAAGAAAACAGUGACAAGAAUGUGGAAAGGGAAAGAAGGACAUCUAAAGAAGCCUCUUCUUCUCAUCACCUGCGGCAAACUUCUAGUCAGGGUCAAGGGGAAACAUCCGACACAAUUUCUUCAAAAAGUGAAGUAAGACAGCUUGAGGCAGACACAUCGUCUCCUUCUACUGUAUGGAAAAGUGGGGUGACAUCAAAAGGUAUUUCCUCUCCAUCUGAGGAGGAAAACCUGAUUUGGGCACCUGAUAUAAAGAAUAUUGAAGUAAAACGGGAACAAGAUAGAAACAGUUCUCAUCUAUUCCCUCCUAAAAAAGAAGUUGGGGAAUCAUCAUCUGCACCACCGCCUUCUACGGCAUUUGUUGUAGAGGAAAGUUAUGGUCGGGGUAAAACUAAUGUGUCUGUCAGCGGCUCAAUAGAGCAACUGGUUGAUGCAAAGUCAACUGAAAUAUUGGGCCCUGAAAAGAUGGAAGGAGAAUUGAAAAGAAGGAGACUCCAGCGGAACAUACAAGUUCCAAAAGACAGAUUUGAUGAAUGGGAAGAGGCAUAUAUACGUGAAAGCGAGCAGCGGAAAAUUGAUGAAAUGUUUAUGAGAGAAGCUCUGCUAGAAGCUGAGAAAGCUGCCGAUACUUGGGAGGUGCCUGUUGGGGCUGUUCUGGUGCAACAUGGAAAAAUAAUUGCUCGUGGUCACAACCUUGUGGAGGAGUUGAGGGAUUCAACUGCCCAUGCAGAGCUGAUUUGUAUACGGGAGGCUUCAAAUCAACUUCGGACCUGGAGACUCUCGGAGACGACCCUUUAUGUUACGCUUGAACCAUGCGCUAUGUGUGCUGGAGCUAUACUUCAAGCAAGAAUAGACACUCUUGUAUGGGGAGCUCCCAAUAAGCUUCUUGGUGCUGACGGAAGCUGGAUUAGACUGCUUCCUAACGGAGACGGAGGAAGUGGAUCUGAACUGUCAGAUAAGCCACCUGCUCCAGUCCACCCAUUCCACCCAAACAUGAAAGUCCGACGAGGGAUAAUGGCAUCGGAAUGUGCUGAUGUAAUGCAACAAUUCUUCCAACUCAGAAGAAGGCAAAAAGCCAAGAAUGAAGAUGUGCCACUGAAUCCCUCUCUUCCCAUUGCGAGUCAUCAAUCAAAAUUUCUCCAUAAGAUGCAUGAUAUUUUCCAUACCUUGUUGUGUUUGUAAAAUUAUAGUUCAGUCUUCUCUAUUGCAUGUAAACUUGUUGAGUUCUACAUUUUAUCAUUUAAUCUAUUUUUCUGGUAACCUAUUCUUAUAAAUAAUGCUAUUUUGUCGGUUUUGUUUUGGCA